UGAUUUUCCCCUUAGUAAACAAAAAAUUUAUAAAACAUAAAAAAAUUACUUUAAUUCAAUUACAAAGCAUUCAAUGGAGGAACAAAACAUGGAUUUCGAUACAAAAUUUAAAGUUCUUGAGGAUGAAAAUGAGAAACUUAAAGCAGCAUUGAAAGAAUCACAGCGUCGAGAAAAGCUUUUAAUGCGAAGGAAUCAACUUAAUUCAACACAACAGCUUGACUUCCUGAACCAACUCAAUGAAUUAAAGUACAGAAAGAUUGAUUCAAAUUCAUCAACUGUUUUUGAUCCAGCAGUUAAUAUAAUAUUCACAAAAUUAAAGAAUGAGCUGAAAGCGACAAAAGCAAAGCUUGAAGACACACAAAAUGAACUGACUGCCUGGAAAUUCACACCAGAUUCAAACACAGGCAAGAGAUUGAUGGCAAAGUGUCGACUGCUGUAUCAAGAAAAUGAGGAACUCGGCAAAGUGAUCUCAAAUGGACGACUAGCAAAGCUAGAAACAGAAUUGGCAAUACAAAAGAAUAUGAAUGAGGAGCUUAAGAGGUCACAUUCAGAAUUUGAAGGCAUAAUCCAAGACUUUGACAUUGACAUGGAAGGGCUAACCACAACUAUAAUUAAUCUACAGCAGAAAUUGAAGACAGCUGAAGAUAAAAUUGUCAAGCUUGAAAAGGAACUGAAAGAAAAGCCAGAUAUUGAUAAUUGUGAGAGUUUAGAUGCCAAUGACGAUGAUUUGGAACCGCCAUCAUCAAAAAGACUAUGCGUUGAGAAUUAAAAGAAUUUUGUUCAAGGUUUCACACUUUGAGCUUCAAAUUUUUAUUUGUUCCACACAUUAUUGUCAAAAAUAGAUCUAACAUCUGAGUUUCAUCAAAAAAACUGAU